AUGCUAACUAAAAUUAUUCUAUCAUUCUUUUUUGUGCUCUUCAUUUCCAUCGAAAGUUGCACGGAUGCUCAGAAAACAUUGAUGGAUAAAUGUAAAAAAGUGAGUUUUUUGAUGCAAAAUAAAAUUGCAAAAUAAAAUUAUCCAGGAUUUCAACAGUGCAAGAAUGCCAUCGAGUAAAUAUCAAACUGCUCAACAAAAAACUGAUCAGCUUUGGAAUGCCUGUAAAAACUUCUACAAAUGUUCGGAAGAUGUUCAAUGUAAAGAGCAGCAUUACAAGAAUGUCGGAGAAUCGAUUAUUUGUUUUAUAAAUACUGUUGGAACUAGCAGUUAUGCACGUUGUAUGAACAAUGUCAUUGAUUCGGAUUGUGGGAAAAGAAUUGGUGAAAGAAGUGAUAAAAUAAGCAAAGGUAUUGAGACGGAUAAAAAUAAGAAUUGUGAUUUCAUGAAAAAUGAGGCGAAGAUGUGUUUUGAAGAGCAGAACAGGAAAACCGAAGGUUGUGGUGAGAAGGAACUUCAGGAUUUUAAAAAUGUUUUUGAUGAUUUCGCGAAAAUUUUGAAUUGUGAAUAA